AUGCUAGCUAAACGUAUUAUUCCUUGCCUCGACGUAGACAACGGUCGUGUAGUGAAAGGUGUUCAAUUCCUUGAUAUUCGUGAUGCAGGUGACCCAGUAGAAGUAGCACGUCGAUAUAACGAACAAGGUGCUGAUGAAAUUACCUUCUUAGACAUUACCGCAACUUCGAAUGGUCGCGACACGACUUAUCGUACGGUUGAACGUAUGGCUGAAACGGUUUUUGUUCCCUUAACGGUCGGUGGUGGCGUUCGCAAAGUUGAAGACAUUCGUCUCUUACUCAAUGCUGGCGCGGACAAAGUCAGCAUUAACUCAGCAGCGGUGUUUAACCCAGAAUUUGUACAAGAAGCAUCGCAACGCUUUGGCGCACAGUGUAUUGUGGUUGCCAUUGACGCAAAAAAAACGGGCGAGAACAAAUGGGAAAUUUUUACCCAUGGCGGCCGUAAACCAACUGGUAUUGAUGCGAUUGAAUGGUCCGUGAAAAUGGCCGACUUUGGUGCAGGUGAACUGCUGAUUACUUCGAUGGAUGCCGAUGGUACCAAAGCAGGUUAUGACCUUGAGCUGAUGCGUCAAAUCAAUGACCGCGUCACCAUUCCAACCAUUGCUUCGGGCGGUGUCGGUAACUUACAACACUUGGCCGAUGGUAUUUUAAAAGGUGGCGCAGACGCUGUACUGGCUGCUUCGAUUUUCCACUUUGGACAACACACCAUUCCUGAAGCGAAAAAAUACCUUGCAGAGCAAGGCAUUGAAAUGCGUCUAUAA